AACUCAUUUCUUUGAGAAAAUUGGUGACAAAGCUUGAAAUUUCUCCUUCUUUCUUGCUCAAUAACAAGUUCUAGGACUUAGAACUCUCUCUCUUAACCCAGAAAUUUCAGAUCUGCUCUGCUCUUCCUCCCCUGUCCACCGGUGUUGCUAGGCACGAAAUUCUGGGCUUUUCCGGAAGCGAAUUCAAGGACGAGGAAAAACGAGGGGAAUGACGAGUUAGAAGGCUAGCCAUUUUGUAAAUUGAACAUAGAUUUCAGAUAUAAAUCAUGAUAUUAUAAGCUAAACUUUAUUUGGAGAUUUAAUGAUAUCAGGCCAAAUUUUAAAAUGUUACCUUUAGAUUUUGUGGUAUCAGCUUGUGGUAUGAUAAGUUCCGAGUCUUGUGCAUUCGUGGGACCCAUUCACAAGUGCACGGCGUCUGCCACGUCCCCGGAUUUGGAUUCUGGAGCAUGACAGAUUAAGUGGUAUCAGAGCUUAGGUUUAAAUUAAGAGCUUAAGUUUAAAUUAAGAGCUUAAGAUUAAAUUAAGCACCUCCAGAUUGAGUGGUAUCAAAGUUUAAAUUUAAUUAAAUACCUAGGUUUAAUUGAAUACUUAGGAUUUGUUUAGAACUUGGCUAGCUAAUGGAUUUUAAAACCGUGGUGAGACGAGUGAUGGGGUUAUAUCAGGGACGAUUCUGAUUCAUGUUACCUGAAUUUUCUAAUCCAUUUUGAUGAGAUGGUAAUCUGAUUGUUCUUCUUUCCUGCCUUCAUACCCUGUGUAGAUUCAUGAAAUUAAUCUUGUCCGCCAUGUUCUUAAGACCUUGUUUUGAAACUUGGUCAUUUUUUGAUAGUCUGCACUUGUUUAGACUUGUUACUUGAAUAGAAUUUUGCAUGCUCUUUUGCCACAAUUGUAAAAUCUGGGGAGUUGCAGAGAUCUUUUGUUAUUGAUCCUGUUGGUCUCUACAGCAUAGCUGGUUGAGAACUUUGUUUUGUUUGUCACAUGACCAGUGGAAGAUGAGCAAACCCUCUACUUUGUAAAAGAUUCAAGGCUAUUUUAGCAAAUGUUGUGUGUUUUCUAGAUGCGUUUUAGGAGCUGGAUAACUUGGUAAUUUCGCUGCUCAUUAUCUUUCUGAAAGUCUUAUAGUGAAGUUUCACUUUUUCAUUUGGAGCUUCAUGGUCUUUUCAUGUGGCUCAUUUUUCCAUAUUGGUUAAUAAAAAACAGUAAUCAAUUCAAUUGAAAUUGCCGUGUUUUUGUGAAGAUUGGCAAGUUGUCAUAAAGUUAAACUCUCUAUUGUUGCUAAUCUCUACAUUCUUGAUACCUGGAACUGCUUGAAACUCUUGAAAUCCAUCUUAAAUCUUUCUUGAGAUUGCUUUGUACUUGUUCUUGAAACUGAGAUCCAAAGGAAAUGGAUAAUGAUUAUUGAAAUCCUCAUUAUCUUGAUUCUUGUCUGAAAUUAAUUCUUGCAUUGUUC